UGGGGAUUUGUAUUUGUGUGUGUGUCUGUGUAUCUGCAUAUGUGGUCAAGUGUCGAUGAUGAAAGAAAUAUGAAAUUAAAAAGAGUUUUGCUAAUAACAUAUUACAUUUUUCUGCAUGUAAAAUAAGGGUGGUUGGUGAAUGUGAAUUAUCUUGAGAUUUCUGAAACUAGUUAGUGGUUAUGGAAGAUGUUUCUGAGGUUUAUUUAACAGAUUAUAUUCCAACAAUUUACAGUUCUCCUCGCACUAUAAAGUAUGUACAAGAUGGUAAAAAUAAAAUAUGUAAUAUUUUUGCGGAGCGAAACGGCGUGGUUAUAAUUAUUUACAACAGCACUAGGAAUGUUCUAGUUCUUGUAAAGCAGUUUAGACCAUCUGCCUACAUUCAGAAUGUGUUUUCUGAAACCCAGAGAAUGGAAAAGGAAGAAAAGGUUGAUGUAAAUAAAUUUCCACCCACUCUCGGUAUCACAUUGGAAUUUUGUGCUGGUUUAGAGGACAAAAAUAUCCCAAGUGAAGAAAUUGCACGAGAAGAAAUCUUAGAAGAAUUUGGUUAUAAUGUAGAUGUCAGCCACCUUGAAAAAAUUGGAACUAUCAAAAACCUUACAGAAAGUACUGGAGCAAAUUCUACAUUUUAUUACUGCCAAGUAACAGAUGAUAUGAGGUUGAACAGUGGUGGAGGAGUAGAUGGAGAGAAUAUUGAGGUUAUUGAAAUGCCAGUAGAGGAAGUGAUUUCAUAUUCAAGUUCCCGCGAAUUUGUAUCUUCUCCUAUUAACUUUAUGUAUGGAUUAUAUUGGUUUUUGUACAACAAAUACAAUAGGACAGGGUGCAAGUAAUUGUUUAAUGAAUGUGUAAAUAAAUUGAGAGUUGAAGUAAAUAUCAGGAUAAGAAAAAAUUGUGAAAUUUUAUUAGUAUAGAUAUGUUCAAUUACUAAUAAAAAAAGUAGAGUAUUCAUAUACAAACCUGGAAA